AUGGUGAGAGAUGGUAUCAAAGGCUGCGCUGAGAUCAAGGAGAAUCAGAAUGGAAAUAAGUCCACCAUCAGCUGCACAGAGGAGAUCAUUAAGACAGUUAGCACUGGUGUGAAGCUGAGCCGAGUGAACUGCUGGAUGGCAGAGACCCCAGAUGGCUCCCUCCACAGCUGGAGGGCCGUGUACGAGGGCAGUAGUGCCAGUGCUCGAGUACCCAGGCUAUCUAAUGGACCCAACCCCUGCUCCGGGAGAGUGGAGGUGUUUCAUAAAGAGAAAUGGGCCUCAGUGUGCAAUGCUGCCUUUGACUGGCAGGAUGCAGAGGUUGUGUGUCGAGAACUGGACUGUGGGGCUCCUGUAGAGGUGCUGGGAGCAGCUGCAUUUGGAGAGGGAGAGGGCCAGGUGUGGUCAGAGGAGAUCCAGUGUGGAGGCAACGAGACUCAGAUUCAACUCUGCCCAACAUCCCCUAUGAACCACAACUGCUCACAUAGGAUGGAUACAGGACUUAUUUGUGGAGAUGCAGUGAGGUUGGUGAAUGGCAGCAGUCGCUGUUCUGGAAGAGUUGAAGUUCUACACAGAGGACUGUGGGGCACAGUGUGUGAUAACGGAUGGGACCUGCGUGAUGCUGCAGUGGUGUGUAGAGAGCUGGGCUGUGGAGUGGCUGUAGAAGCUCUCAAAGGUGCUCAGUUUGGACAGGGCUCAGGAGACAUUUGGAUGAGUGGUGUAGAGUGUGUGUGGUCUGAGUCCACAGUGAAGGACUGCAACUCACACAGAUGGGGUGCAGAAAACUGUGGUCAUCAUCAGGAUGCAGGAGUCAUCUGCUCAGGAGUCCAACUGGGUCAUUCUUACUGCUCUUGGAGAGUGAAACUGCUUCAUAAGGAGACAAGACACACUCUAUGCAACACCACAUUUGACCAGCAGGAUGCAGAGGUUGUGUGUAGACAGCUGGACUGUGGGGCUCCUGUAGAGGUGCUGGCAGCAGCUGCAUUUGGAGAGGGAGAGGGCCAGGUGUGGUCAGAGGAAAUCCAGUGUGGAGGCAACGAGACUCACCUCUGCCCGACAUCACAUAUUAACCACAACUGCUCUCACAAGCACAAUGUUGGAUUCAUUUGUAAAGAUACAGUGAGGUUGGUGGAUGGGCCCAGUCGAUGUUCUGGGAGAGUAGAGGUUUAUCAUGAUGGAGAGUGGGGCACAGUGUGUGGUGCUUAUUGGGACAACUUUGAUACAGCAGUUGUGUGUAAAGAGGUGGGCUGUGGUGAUGCUGUAGAUUCCUUGAGAGAUGCCCACUUUGGAGAGGGAGCAGGGAGAGUCUUGAUGGCUGAGGUUGGCUGUGUGGGGUGGGAGACCAGACUAAAGAACUGCUCUCAUAAGGGAUUGGAUGAGCACACAUGCCAGCCUAAAGACAAUGUUGGAGUCAUCUGCUCAGAACACAGAGUUCCCAGGCUAGUGAACGGUUUCCACCAGUGUUCUGGAAGAGUGGAGGUGGAACAUGGGAUCACCUGGGACACAAUGUGCGACGACACAUUUGACUGGCAGGAUGCAGAGGUUGUGUGUCGAGAACUGGACUGUGGGGCUCCUGUAGAGGUGCUGGGAGCAGCUGCAUUUGGAGAGGGAGAGGGCCAGGUGUGGUCAGAGGAGAUCCAGUGUGGAGGCAGCGAGACUCAGAUUCACCUCUGCCCAACAUCCCCUAUGAACCACAGAUGCUCCCAUGCUAAGGAUGUAGGACUUCUGUGUUCUGGAUACACUGAUGCCAGACUGGCCAAUGGCAGUGACUCCUGCUCAGGCCGAGUGGAGCUCAAGUACCUCAGAGAGUGGGGCACAGUGUGUGAUGCAUCCUGGGAUAUGAGGGCCUCCAGCGUGCUCUGCCACCAGUUGAAGUGUGGGAGUGCUGUGGCUGUUCUAGGGGCAGAGCAGUUUGGUGAGGGGAGUGGAAGCAUCUGGCCUGAUGUGUUUGUGUGUGAGGGGAAUGAAACUGGCCUCUCAAGAUGUGGAAUCUCCUCGUGGCGUCGAGCUGCAUGCUCCCAUAGACAGGAUGCUGGAGUGAUCUGCUCAGGUUCCUCCCUCUCCCAGUACAAUGGGACGAUGCGCUUGUCUGGAGAGAGGCGGUGUGAGGGAGCGGUGGAGGUUUACGUCAGUCAGAAGUGGAGGAGAGUUCUGCUGGACUCCUGGAGUCAGUCUGUAUCCUCCGUGGUGUGCAGACAGCUGGCCUGCGGUUCUGCUGUUAGGUUCUUUGGUUCUACUGACACAGAGGGCGAUGGGUGUGUCUCAGGGUUCCAUUGUUCUGGACGCCCUCAGCCAGUCAGGUUGACAGGAUCUGGAGGAGACUGUGCUGGCAGGCUGGAGGUUCUCCACAACGGCUCGUGGGGGACUGUGUGUGACGACUCCUGGGACAUGCAGGAUGCCCAGGUAGUGUGCAGACAGCUGCAGUGUGGCACAGCCCUCAGUGCUGAGGUCCCUGCAUCCGUUCCCCCAGGAGAUCUGCCCAUCUGGCUGAGCGAGGUGAACUGCACAGGAGACGAGACGAGCCUGUGGGAGUGUCCUCCAGCAGAGUGGGGGCGGCACGACUGCUCACACAAAGAGGAUGUGCAUUUCAUGUGCUCAGGGUUCAUUCAGCUGAAACAAACCACAGACAGUCGUGGGCCAUGCAACGGUGUAAUAGAUGUCUAUUACAAUGGCACCUGGGGAAACAUAUGUUUCAAUGGCAUGGACAGAAACACAGGCUCUGUGAUCUGCCGUCAGUUAGGCUGUGGAGGACUUACAGUGAUCAUUGAUGCCACCCCAACUAAAGCCAAGCAACUGAUCCCUCCACGAUACACAGGAACUGGAACAAACCCUCAUGUCAUACACAAAGAGUCAGUAAAGGAAUGUCCAGUGUCUCCAACGCUGAGGUUGGUGGGGGGUCCCACUCGCUGCUCAGGGAGGGUGGAGGUGCUCCUGCAGGGAGAGUGGGGGACGGUGUGUGACGACUCCUGGGACAAGAGGGACGCCCAGGUGGUCUGCAGGCAGCUGGACUGUGGGGAGCCUGUGCGUGAAGGGGGGGAGCAGGGCUCAUUUGGAAAGGGGAACGGCCCCAUCUGGCUGGACGAGGUGAACUGCACAGGCCAUGAGCACCACCUGUGGGAGUGCUGCCGCGCCCCUCUGAAUCAGAGUGACUGCAUCCAUAAGGAGGACGCCUGGGUCACCUGCACAGGGCCCCCUCUUCCUCCCACCACCCCUCCUCCAGUCACCUCUGGGAGAACCACCACCCCUCCAUAUGAGCCUGCAGGGCUUCCUGUCUCUCCAGCGGCUGUAGCCACUCUGGGGCUCCUGCUCCUGCUGCUGCUGGGCUCACUGGCGGUGCUGUUGGGGCAGAACAGGGCACUCAGGAGAGCUCUCUCCAAAAGGCAACAUGUGGAGCUGAUUGAAGCUGUCUAUGAGGAGCUGGACCACAGACUGACCACAGCCGGUUCCUCCAAAGGUCGUCAUAGAGCACGCCUCCAAUCUGACGCUGAAAAUUCCUGGUAUGAAGACGUGCAGGAGGAUGAAAGGAGACCCAUCUCAGUUGCUUCUCUGAGAGAGCCAACGGUGGAGUAUGAUGAUGUCGCGGCUGACGAAAACGAGACCAACCUCGAUAUUUUAUUGACAGGAGAGGCGAAGAGAGAGGAGUACGAUGAUGUGGAGGAUGACGUCACGAGUGUGGAGAAGUCAUCUGAGGUGACUGACUACAUAGAGAACGCAGGAUAUGAUGACGUGGGAGACAGUGAUGUGGGACUCAUAUCAGAGUCUUUGAGAGAAGAGGGGCUGGAGGAUUAUGAUGACAUCACCACUGAUGAGAAUGGCAUUAAAAUGACCAAGGCAGUGAAGGACACACACCAUGCCAAUGAAAAAGAACAGGAGUAUUACGAUGACAUCAUGAAUGAAGAUGACCUUCAAAUGACAUCAGGUGUUGCAGGGAUGAUGACAGCAGACCAAGAUCAAGAGUAUGGUGGCAUCAUCACAGAUGCAGUGAGGCUGAUGAAUGGAGGCAGUCGAUGCUCUGGGAGAGUGGAGGUUUAUCAUGCAGGAGAGUGGGGCACCGUGUGUGACUAUAAGUGGGGUAUGACUGAUGCUGCAGUGGUGUGUAGAGAGCUGGACUGUGGUGAUGCUGUAAAUGCUCUGGGUGGAGCUCACUUUGGAGAGGGAUCAGGGAAAAUCUGGAUGUAUGAUGUGGGGUGUGAGGGAUCAGAGUCCACACUGAAGAACUGUGAACACUUGGGAUGGACAGACUGGAGUAAAAGAGGGUAUCCUCAUUACAGAGAUGCUGGAGUCAUUUGUUCAGAGACAGUUAGCACUGGUGUGAAGCUGAGCCAGGUGAACUGCUGGACGGCAGCGACCCCAGAUGGCUCCCUCCACAGCUGGAGGGCCGUGUACGAGGGCCAGUGCCAGUGUGUGUGGACGACCACCCAGAGAUGCCUCCACAUCACCACGCUAGAGCUACAAGAACACCUCCGUUGUCUUGCAGUCCAGAAGCUGCCCACGACCAUCAAUGUGGAGCCUAAACACAGACAUGCCAUAACAUCACAUGCUGCUAUAUUGCUGGACCGGUCAACCUGUUAA